AUUUUACACUAGCUUCAUACAUCAUGGGUAGUAUCUUUUAGUACAGCUUUUUUCCUAUUAAAUACUACUAUGAAAUCUAUAAGCUCCGAAUAAUAUAUAUGGCAGUAAGAACACCAAUUAAGAUGGAAGAUAGGCAGUAUUCAUCUCUGACGGCCCCUAUGGAUUAUCUCCAGUACUGGUACCAGACAAAUCAUCAGCAGUUUCAUCCUGAGCAGGUGCCACAAUUUAACCAGAUGGUUAAUAUCGAGGGACCAAUGGAGGACAAAGUCAUGACCAAUUUAGCAGUACAUCAAAAUCUCUAUAUGGAUCAACAACAACCCCAACAAUUGCCUAUCCCGCCACCAGAUCCUCCGCUGACACCUGCAAAAGGCAAGAAACGGGGGCGCCCCCUAAAAAGUGAAAUAAAAGAGCAGGCACAGGCUGAGGACUCUCCAAAAAAAGCAAAGACAUUAGACAGAUUCAACGGAAUGUCAGUAGAGGAAGUCAUGGCCAAAAAACUACCAGAUAUCAUUACCCAUAAUCUUGAAAUGCUUAUUAUUGGAAUCAAUCCAGGACUCUUGUCAGCCUACAAAGGAAGGCAUUAUCCAAAUCCUGGGAACCAUUUUUGGAAGUGCUUGUUUCUCUCUGGGUUGACUGAUGAACAGCUAAACCACAUGCACGAUCAGACGCUACCUGAAAAGUAUAGCAUUGGUUUCACCAAUAUGGUGGAAAGGACUACGCCUGGGAGUAAAGACCUUUCAAAUAAAGAGAUCCGUGAAGGUGGUCACCAACUUUUGGAGAAGCUCCAGAUGUACAGGCCUUUAAUCGCCGUCUUCAAUGGAAAAGGUAUUUACGAAAUAUUUAGCAAGGAGAUUUUGGGAGUGAAAGCCAAGAACCUAGAAUUUGGCUUGCAACCUUACAAAGUGCCAGACACAGAUACGGUUUGUUAUCUGAUGCCAUCGUCAAGUCCACGUUGUGCUCAGUUCCCUCGUGCUCAGGACAAGGUGCACUUCUACAUUAAGCUAAAAGAACUCAGGGAUCAGCUGAAGGGAGUGCAACCUACUCAGGAGAUCGAAGAGACAAAAUACUCGUUUGAUCUGACUCUGGCCAAAGAGGAUGCCAAAAAAGUGGCAAUCAAAGAGGAACAGCAUGACCCUGGAUAUGAGGAGACCUGUGGUCAUGGGUCUUGGGCGGAACCACAGCCAGCAUUCGGUGUUCAUUCUAAUGGAACAGAUCACGUAACAGACAACCGGUGGACGAUGCAGCCGUUUGCGGACCAGAUUCCAGACAUCAGAUGUAACAGCAACAAUGAAACAACCUGAGAAGAGGUUAUCAGAGAAAUAAUUAUGCCAUGUUAUUGUCUGUACCACAUGUACUGAGAAGGACCAACAAGGACAUUCUUUUUUAUGUUUUGUUUUUAAGUGUUGUCAUAAUGGGUUAUUUAAUGUCCAUCUAUGUGACUUUAAUUUUGUGUGUUUUGUAAACAAAGCUUUUUUACAAAGCGUAACUGAACUUAAAUAUAAAUUCUCUGAACAUUGAGACAUUUCAUUUCGUGCCUCUGAAACUUUAUAAAAAGGUUUAGUGACUUUUUGUUUGCAAAUAUAUUGCUCUAUGCAUAUAUUUGACACUGAUAUGUACAAAUAGAGACUUUAAGUGCAACAAAUCCGCAAACCACUGUUCUAUUAUAGAAGGUUGUAGACUUUUAUAGGUGUAUGCCCUCAAUGCAUGGUUAUAAAGUAGUAUUGCUGAUGGCAUGCUCAGUCCUACAUUAGACCUACAGCCCUACAAGGUGCUUUUUUGUAAAACGGAUGACUUGGUUUACCUCAACUGUAAAAUAUUUCAUAGACUUUUUAGAAGUGCACGUAAUGAAUGUGCAUGACUUGUUGUGUGUAAUAAUUCAAUUUGGUACCAUUUAUACCUUGUUACAUCAUAAUAACAAUUUAGCAUUUUCAUUGCUGUGACAAUGCAUUCUAUAUUAUGUGUGUCAUUCUGUAAGUCUGUUUUUAAAGUUUACAUUUUUUUUAUUUGGAUUUAUGCGUAUUACUAAUGGGACGUUUUCCAUUAAUAAAAAAAUGAAAAGGA